UGUGGGGGUGGGGGACAGGCGUCAUUCCCUGGAACCGGUGGACUUCCUCUCGGCUAGUCUGGGUCACCCUGUCUGCCCGUCGCUGGCCCCAGGCUCGCUCUCUGGCCCCAGCCCUCUCUCACUCUCUCUCUCAGCAGCUGUCUCUCUCGCGCCCGCUGGCCGAUCUCCUUCCCCGCAGUCGCCUCCUUCUCUGCCUGCCUGGGUGGCCGCCAUGGGCCGGAAGCGGCUCAUCACUGACUCCUACCCUGUAGUGAAGAGGAGGGAGGGCUCCGCUGGGCACAGCAAGGGGGAGCUGGCACCAGAGCUAGGGGAAGAGCCCCAGCCCCUGAGCGUGGAUGACCUGGGCAGGCCUGAGGAGCAGCAUGUCAUUGCAGGGGAAGAGCCCCAGCCCCUGAGCGUGGAUGACGCAGAGCUGGAGCUGCUGAGGCAGUUUGAUCUGGCCUGGCAGUAUGGGCCCUGCACAGGGAUCACACGGCUGCAGCGCUGGCAUCGGGCAGAGCAGAUGGGCUUGGAGCCACCCCCGGAAGUGCGUCAGGUGCUGCAGAUGCACCCUGGAGACCCCCGCAUCCAGUACAGCCUCUGGCAUGUCUAUCCCCUUUGAGGUGCCACCUAAGACCUGCCUGCUAUCCCGGGACCUCAGGACACAAGUGGGGGUCAGUUGCUGCCCCCUUGGCUCAGUUCUGCCGUGAAGAGUGUUUGGCUGUGAAGAGGAGAGAGGCUGAGUCUGGAGGUCUCAGCCUGCCAUCUAACCAGCAGGCUCCUGGAGCCCCCUCUGGGAGCCAACACAGCUGAAGCUUGCACUUCCUACAUGGAGAGUGGUCUCUGAGGACAAGGACUUGACCAUGACCCUUCAGACGCCUGCUACACACCUCCCUAACCACGGUCCGGGGAAUAGGGUGGCAAAUAGGCACAGCCUUGGACAAAGCCAGACUCAGGCAGAUAUCUAAGAGGCAAAGCCACGCUCCCCACUGAAGGCUGGGAAUCUGAGGGCAGAACUGGCAAGGGGUUCACUAAAGUUUUUCAAUAAAGAACAGUCUGGAAACUUGA